AACCCCUCUCUCAAUCCUUCUUGCCCCUCAUGCGGCAAGAAAAACGGUCAGGUUAUCGACCGACCGAGAAUUCCACAUAAAUAACAAGCCUACCUUGGUUACUGCAAACUUAAGAGACAGUCCUGUGACUGCAACUCGUACACAUUGGACAAUAAAGAUGAGUGCUCUUGCUACCCGUUGGAUUUGCUUGUUUACAUUGAAUUGAUUCCUGAGCCUGGAAAGCAGGGAGCAAUAUACCAGAGCACGUGAUGGAAUGUAUAGUCACGUGUGUUGGAGCGACGCGCGAUGGGGUUUGAGUUGAGUGACCGCGUCGCGAUUUGGAGGUCGGGGUCCCACGAGCAGGGUUAUCAUUCGUCCCUCGAUUGUUUGCUCGCUCACUAGCGGUUCAAGCCGUCAACUCGUUUGUGCAAAUUUGCUUUCGCCGCUCUCUGUUAAUUUUACUUUCGAUCGUUAAUAUUCAUUUUAUAGAAGUGACCACUAUCUGAAUCAAGUUUGGGUACAUCAAAUUCCACAGCCACCAGAGUUGCUUUGCUAUCUGACCGACAGUAGUGAAACUGGUUCUGCCGGCGCAUUCGGUCAAAGUCACGCAUACGGCGGCCGAGUCUUACUAAGUUCAGACCAUAACCCGAACCGGUCAGGACCUCCACGUCCCGGCCGGGUCGGCCACCCCAAUGCACACAUGGACAGCAAACCUAGACACAUCGUCAUCAUCGGUGGCGGCGUGAUCGGUUGCACCACUGCGUACUUCUUGACACGCCACGAGAAGUACGACCCGGCCAUCCACAAGAUCACCAUCAUAGAAGCCGCCGGUAUCGCCUCCGGCGCUUCGGGAAAGGCCGGUGGUCUCCUUGGCUUGUGGGCCAACAGGGCCGUGGAAACCGUGCCUCUGUCCUUCAAACUUCAUGAAAAACUGGCCAACGAGCAUGACGGCGAGGAGAGGUGGGGUUACCGCAAGCUGCAAGGCUGCGGCACCAUCGACACAAAGUUGAAAGUGGACGACUUGCCUGACAAGGAGAGAGCCGCAUUCCCAAAGUCUUCAGCUAAGACGAAGGGUGCAAAGAGACAGAAGCUCAACCAAGCUUCCCGAACUCCUCCUCAAACUCCCGAUAAAUCGCCACAGACGCCCGCCUUUAGACUGUUGGCAUCUGAGAAGCCAUCACUGCCAGAUCCAGGUGCUCCAGGAGAAACACUGCAAGGAACAAAUCCUAACCAUGCUGCAGAGACCCAGUUAGCAUCACCAAUAGAACAGGCCCUGGAGCUACCUGGCCUGCCGAAGGAUUCAUCAGAACCGCAGAGUGAACAUCCAGACACUGCGCUAAAUAUUAGACCAACUGAAGACACUUGUGUUCGGCCCCAGAGAGAACUUGCUGCUUGUAUCACAGGAACCUCGACCAGGUGGAAAUCCCACACCAUCUUGCCCAAUGGAGACUACUUCAUCGGUGACACGGCUAUUGCAUCAAACAAAAUCAGUGAGGGCCAUUUUCCAAAACAAUCCUUGGAGAGCCAGACUGGCGGACUUGAAGACACCUUGCAACAUGACAGCAUCAUGAACAAUGGAGAGGUUUUGUCCAGUGAAGACAAGGCUAUAAAUUCAAAGGUUACUCCGUUAGCGAUGACUUCAGAACCUCAGGCUGAUCUCAAUGGCGAUGACUUGCCCGAAAGACGCGAAAAACGAGUCAACUGUCUCCAGCCCAAGAAAGAAGACAAGUAUAAAACUGUACUGGAUCAAAUCGGUGAUCAACUUCCGAUUGCCAACCCUGCAACGGCUCGUGAGCUAAGAUCGACGCGGUCGGUGAGCUCCAGGCAGAACUCGGCUACUCUUCACGGCAGUGAUACCGCUCCAGCAACCAAAACCGCCAUCACCAAUGGCAACGCCAAUCCUCCAAGGCGAUCAGGGAGGCAGAGAACAGGAACUGAUAAGCCUUUGAAGAAGCCCUCGACCGGAAACGGGGGCGCCACUAACAAUGUCCCACCCAAACCCGCGAGCAUUACCCCGACUGUCGAAUCAGUCAAGCAAGCCGUUCCUGUCAAGGGGCGGGGUAGAGGUGGUCGCAAGGAUCGUACUGGGAAGUUCCCCAAUAGCUGUGUGUUCCCGCCCGACCUUACAUGGAUCAACCAAGACCUUGUCUCAUCAUACAAGAAGCAGGGCGCAGGCGACAGUAAUGAUACAGCCCAAGUCCACCCAUAUCAUUUCACGCAUUGCAUGGCCAAGCUGGCGGAGGGACGGGGCGUAUGCAUUCGUCAGGGAGUCAUGGUAACAGCAAUUGACUAUGAUCACGGCAAGGGUGUGCAUGGUGUGGAAAUUCUUGAGCGCAAUUCGAACCGGCGGUCUACGUUGGGUGACGAUGUGACGGACGUAAUGGUGGCUGCCGGCUCAUGGACGUCGACGCUCCUCCCCAAGACGGAGAUUGGCGGCGUCCGGGCCCACAGCGUCGUCUGGGAGGUGGACGUCACGCCGCAUGCCGUCUUUACAAAUAUCAACCUUCCGAGGGGCUAUAUCCCAAGCCAUCGCCUGAGCAGGGGCGAAGUUGUCAAAGCAUCCAAGAAGCUGGUCUCGUCUGAUCCAGAAGCAUACGCGAGGCCGUUCAAGGAGGUGUAUGCCUGUGGAGCUGUAGACCACGAAGUCGAACUUCCGCCCACGGCUGAUCUCGUGAUGGUCGACGAGCGGCACUGCGACGACAUCAUUACAUGGCUAAGUCUCGUCUCGCCCGUUCUCGCCGACGCGGCCGUCAAGCACAAGCAGGCGUGCUACAUGCCGCUGCGAGAGGGCGGAGACGAGGAGCCCAUGUUUGGACGAACGUUGACGCCGGGACUCUGGCUUGCCGCCGGCCACAGCUGCUGGGGCAUACAGAACGCGCCGGCCUGCGGUCUGCUGAUGGCCGAGAUGCUGAUGGACGGAAAGACCUCGAGCCUUGACGAGAACGUGAUUGCUGCAUAUGAUCCGCGGCGGUUCGGUGUAUGACCUUGUUCUGAAUGUUCUUUCAGUUUUGUUUUCACUCUCUUGACUGGACGGUAAUGCCGCUAGUGUUGCAUCGGGGUGGAUUGUACAAGUAAAGGGCGAAAAAAAGGGAAGGGACUGGUCGACAGUCGAUUUUCAUGAUAAAAUAGCUGCUUUGCACCUUGAUGAUAGGGUGUUCUCAAAGGAGUAUGAUUAGAUAAUGUAGUUUAAUACAGCCAAUUGCGCCUUGACACGGUUGGCUGCAUUCGGAAGUCUGAAA